AGCUCAAAGUAGACCUACUAGAAAUUUAGUACAUACUAAUCGACUAGCAGGAGCCCAAUUUGUGCAUGACUGUAUGCACGGACACCCAAGAAAUUGUUUAGAUCUAUUGAGGGUAGAUCAACGAACAUAUGCAUUAUUAUGCAAUUUGCUAAAAAGUAGGGAGUUAUUGUGUGAUGCAAGAGAAAUCACAAUUGAAGAACAAGUAGCGAUGUUUCUCGUUACUUUGGGACAUGAUCAACGAAAUCGACGAACCCAAUAUGAUUUUCAGCACUCAGGACAAACAAUUAGUAAGUACUUCAACUUAGUUUUGAAAGCAAUUCUUCGCAUUGCACAUGAAUACGUGGGACGUAGAGAUGAUACUACACCAGCUCGAAUUAGAGGAGAUCCACGUUUCUUUCCAUAUUUUAAGGUAAACAACUAUAAUCCAUAAUAGAUAUAGUCAACAUUUUUAUUUAUGAUAAAACAUUUAGAAUACUAACACAUAUUACGUAUCAAUAGGAUUGUUUGGGAGCAAUUGAUGGUACACACAUUCCAGUAUAUGUUCGAAGAGAUGGCCAAAAUCGUUGGCGAAAUAGAAAAGGGUUUUUAUCUCAAAAUGUUUUAGCAGUGGUGGGAUUCGAUAUGCGGUUUCACUAUAUACUAGCCGGUUGGGAAGGAAGUGCAACUGAUGCAAGAGUAUUGUAUAGUGCAUUGGAAGAUAAUCUUCAUCCAUUAGAAAUUUCACAUGGUAAAUAUUAUCUUGCUGAUGCUGGAUACCCAAAUAUUGUUGGAUUAUUAACUCUAUAUAGAAGAUGUCGGUACCAUCUAUCAGAGUUUAAUGUGUCUGGAUCUAGGCAAAUUGAGACAGAAGAAGAAUUGUACAACUAUAGACAUUCAUCUUUGCGCACUACUGUGGAGAGAGCAUUUGGUUUGCUUAAGGCAAGGUUUCCGAUUUUGAAGAAUCAUGUGUCAUAUCCAAUAUCCACUCAAGUUAAAAUUGUACAAGCAACAUGUGUUCUUCAUAAUUUUAUAAUCAACCACAAUCCAAAUGCUGAACAAUUUCCUUCUGAUGAUAUAAAUGAUAGUGAAGUAAGUGAAAUUAUAAAUGAUGAUGAAAAUACUGAACAAACGCAAAUACGUGGUAGCAACAAUGAACUUCGUGAGCAGAUUACUUCAACAAUGUGGAAUGAUUAUGUUUCAAGUAAGAUAUUGAUUGUGUAACAUUCUCAUUAUAUUAUA